AUGCCAAGGGCCCUAGGACUACCUCCUCCUUUGACUCUCUCCCACUCUACCUCCCAUCUACAUCCGCAUCACCUCUGGACCUCCGCUACCACACCUCCACCUCCUCAGACCUCUUGUUCAAAGGAGAUGGACCUGCUCAUUGUUGGUAAAUGUCAUAUCCCGGAAUCCCGACCCCGCGCACUCCCACCACACCACACCUUCCUAACAACUUCACCAUCCCCUACACCAUGCCUCCCCACUCCCCAAGUCACCUUCCUUCCUACUGUCUCAGCUCCGGUCUGGUUGCGGCACACCGAACCUUGGCCACUCCCAUCCCGGAAACUCGGUCCCGAGUCGGAACAUUCGGAGACCCCGGAUUUGCUCCGAUACCCCGACGGACCUCCGAUAUCCCGUGACAUGCCCUUAAACCCUUCCUCCACCCAUUUCAUUUAUUUGAGUCACCUAACAUCCUUUGGAUACGCAACUCCGCUUUCGGAGCUACCCGCAUCCUUCGUUCCCCCAGUUAUAAUAAAAGUCUUAAGUCCUCGAAUCCAAACCUCCUCCAGGACAUCUAUCGCAUCCCACUCAUCUGCUGCUCUACCCCAUACUCAGACACCACUUGUGCCUUCGCUCCGAGAUUCCAUCAUGGUCCCGACCUCAGACUUUGACCCCACCUCAGCUUAA